CACAUGACCCAGAUAAAAUGGCGGUUACAAGUGGACAUGUUUUAUUGCUGCUGUUAGCUGCAGGCAUUCGCUGCAGUUUUGGUGACGUCACCCAUCACAUUGAGAAGAGGAACGCCAUUCAGUUGUGUUACGUCAUAUGGAAACACACGGGGCGGAGCUGUCUCAAGUACAACAAGUAUGGCUGCUUUUGUGGGCUCAGGAGUGCUGGGCACAUCCCGGUCGAUGAGGCUGACAGAUGCUGCCAGGGGCAUGACCAAUGCUUCAAGCAAACAGGCUGUCACUGGCUGCCGUUUGUAGCGUACGCCAUCAAUUGUUCUGGCAACUCUUGCACCUGCACCAACUCUGACAAGAACUCGUGCCGCUACAAAUCCUGUUUGUGUGACGUCCAGCUGGGAGAGUGCCUCAAGGGAGCGAACUACAACAAACAGUACAAGAACUUCCCCACCAGACACUGCACGGGCAGGGGAUUGGUUGAGUGGCCAUGAACUUGCAGCUCUACAUCAGCAGAAGGGAGCCAGGCCAAACAAAACUCCCAACAAAUAUCACUGGACGACCAGAACACAGGUGUAUGAUUCGGGUUAUCAUAUGGGGUUCUACAAGACAGUAGAAUGGUAAGGACAUCCUAAACAUCAAAUAUGAAAACAAUCAAACUUGUUUUCUGUGCAAUGAUUAUAAUCAUAUAAAACAAUCAGCAUCAAAUUGAAGAACGCAAAGGUAAACUAUUUUACAAGAGUUA